AUGACAUCUAUGAGAGAAGUUUCCGCAAAUACUUUCGGAAAUGAUGCAAAAGUAAUUCUCGGGAAUAUAACCAACAAUAUAACCAACGAUCCCUCUGCUGCGGAUAAUAUUUUUCUUCAAGAAAUCAGCAAAACGAACCCUGUGGAUGAUAAAAAACGAAUCCUUGAAUCCAAGGGCCCCCUUAUAUACGAAUCGUAUUGCUGGAUUCUCGGGCAUAAUGAUUUUAAACAAUGGCGCGACAAAAAGAACAACGGAGUUUUCUGGAUUAAAGGGGACCCUGGAAAAGGCAAAACAAUGCUUCUCUGUGGAAUUAUCAAAGAUUUUGAAAAUGAUUCCAAGCUGCAAGAGAAAUAUGCGUAUUUCUUCUGUCAGGGUACAGAUACCAGACUCAAUACGGCCACUGCUAUUAUCAAGGGCCUAAUUUACUCAGUACUUCGACAAAACCAAAACCUUCUUUCAGAUAUCCAAAAACAAAUCGAAAAGGAACCGAAAGGAUACUUGGAAGGGAAUAAUGCAUGGGUUGCACUGAGCAGGAUUUUUACAACUAUUAUCCAAGAUCCAUGCAUGGCACAUUUUACUUUUAUUAUUGAUGCUCUCGAUGAAUGCCAACACCACGAAUCUCGCAAAUCACUCCUUAAUCUCAUCAUGGAUACAAGUAACCACGUCAAAUGGUUAAUAUCUAGUCGAAACGAAAAGGAAAUAGAACGCGGUUUAAAAUCGAUUGAAAACAGGCUAAUAUUGGAGUUAAAAAGCAAUGCAGCGCAUAUCUCCAAUGCUGUUGAUACAUAUAUAGACCGCUGUGCUCAAGACAUUGAGGCACUUGAGGAUGAUAUGGAUCUUCGCAUCAAGAUAACCAACUCACUUAAAACAAAGGCGAAUGGUACCUUUUUAUGGGUAACGCUUGUUGUCCAACAACUGCAAGAUGCUGGCCGUCCUCAUAUUGAAAGAAUUCUAGAAGAAAUGCCUGAAGAUCUAGAAAACCUUUACGAUGAAAUAAUGGAGCGUUCCAAAAAGGGAUGGAAAUAUGAUGAAGAAGCCUGUCUAGUUUUUCUAGCAACAGUCACUGCCGCCGAGCGACCGCUUCACAUUGAUGAAUUAUAUAUAUUCACCAGCUCACAAUUAAUCGGUGCCAAGGUUAGGUAUCUUCCAAAAGAUAUCAAAUACUUAGCCAAGGUCUGUGGAUCAUUUAUAACUAUUACGGACAAUACUAUAUACCUCAUCCACCAGACUGUUAAAGACUAUCUGGUGCACAAGGGGGCUACAAGAAUUUUCCCCAGAGGUAUUGGGCACCAACACUACAAGAUGUUUGAGAUUUCACUCAAUAUAAUGGAUAAAACCCUUCAAAGCAAUAUUUACAACAUCAAAUCACCAGGAGAACGUGUGGAUGAUAUUACUCCACCAAAUCCAAACCCUUUAGCCUCAAAAGCGUAUUGCUGUGCAUUUUGGGUUGAGCACCUAACUCAUUGCAGCCAACCUCAGCUAUUUCAAGACGGUGGAAUACUUCAUUCAUUCCUUAGAGAAAAGUAUUUAUAUUGGCUAGAGGCAAUGAUCUUGUUAAAGUCAUUAGCCCGAGCCGUAAUUGCUAUACAGAAGCUACGAGACUUGAUUGCCAAUUAUUGCAGAAAUGAGGACAAUAACAACCGAAUUUCUAAACCGCCCCGCUCGAGAGAAAGAGAAAGAGACAGAAUUGGACAUGACCAGUGGCUAGCCAACGCUGUGAUGCCUGAAAGGAGGACAGAGACAUUGGUAAAAAGCGGAAAGAAUGAGACUCUUGAAUUGACAAGAGAUGUCCAUCGCCUUAUUUUUUCCCACAGGGCUAUAAUUGAAGCUUAUCCUCUGCAGAUUUACGCUUCAGCCCUUAUAUUCAGCCCUAGCGGAUGUAUAUUAAGAAAAUUGUUUGAGGCAACGCAAUGCCCGAAAUGGAUUGUGGCUAAACCUACGACGAGGCCAUUUUGGAGUCCCUGCAUGCAGACAAUUGAGGGCUUCCAAGGUUUCGUUAAUUCAGUGGCAAUUUCGCGGGAUAAUACAAUGUUAGCGGCAGCUGCAUUUAGUGGCAUGGUCAAGGUUUGGGAUUUAACAUCUGGAGCGUGUUUACACACGUUUAAAUCCGACUAUUUAAGAAAAAUGGUCUUCUCACCAAAUAGUACCCAAUUAGCAUUGGUUUGCUUUCAAAAUGUUGAGAUCUGGGAUCUUAUUACAGGCACCUGCCUCAAGUCAAUGGCCGGCGAUGUUAAAUCAGUGAGCUUCUCCGCAGACGGCACCCAUCUGGCUCUUAUGAGCGAAGAUAUUAUUAAGAUUCACGAUCUUGCUACAGGCGUGGAUAUACAAACACACACCAGUCACUCAAACGAAAAAUUUCUAGCCUUUGUAUUUCCCUCAGAUUGUGCACAACUGGAACCAGGAUCUGGCGACGGAACCAUUGAGCCCCAGAGCACAGGAACUGAGACUGGCCCAUCAGUGCUCAGAGAUCAAGCAUCUCACGCUACGUUGGUGGUUUCGAUUCAGGAAGGGUCAGCUAUCAAAGUUUGGGACUUGGCUACCGGCAAAUGCAUACAGAAUAUAGCUAUGAAUGUGUAUAUGGGGAGCAUAAAAGUAUCACUAUCACCUGACGGUAUGCGAUUGGCAUUAUUAUUUGGUCAGGAAAUAAUCAGCAUUUGGGAGCUUGCCACCGGUAAAUGCCUAUUGACACUUAGAGACCACAUUAAGGGCCCAAAUGUGUUCUCCGCCGACGGUUUGCGGCUGACAUCAACAAUAGAUUUUGAUAUCAAAAUUUGGGAUAUUGCCACUGGUACAUGCCUGAAGACAUUUUCAGGCCAUAGAAGCACGAUCUUCUCACUGGCCUAUUCGUCCGAUGGCUUACAGCUGGUAUCAGGUGACUCAGAUGGAACCAUCAAAGUCUGGGAUCUGGCUGCUGAUAGCUCCCCGCGGCCGCUUUUGAGAUAUCGUUUACACCAAGAUCGGAUUAAUUUAAUGGCAUUCUCGCCUAAUGGGAGGUGGGUAGCAUUAGCUUCAGCGGGUAAAACUGUCAGGAUCUGGAACACAGCCACACGUACGUUUUUAUGGACCACGAAGAUGUCGGAUCAUAUUGUCGCCGUGGUUUUCUCGCUAGACAGCAUGCAGCUGGUAACGUCAGGCAAUGAUGGUAUUAUCAACCUCUGGGAUGCGGCCACGGGUGCACAUCUCCGAACACUCACGGGCCAUACAUGCGCUGCUCUUUCGAUUGCAUUUUCUCCAAGCAAUACUCAGCUAGCGUCGGCAUCGCGCAAUGGAUCCCUGAACAUAUGGGAAUUAACAACCGGGACGUGUUUACGUACUAUUGAAAUCGAUUGUGAUGCCAUUUACAAUUCAACAACAGCGUUUUCACCGGGCGGUACACAGCUCGGUUUUGUAUCAAGCGAGGGCACUAUCAAGAUCUGGGAUCCAUUCACAGGCAUAUGCCUUCAAACAAUUCGAAAUUGCUUAGAUCCAGAGAAAAGGAAACGCAUAAUUGGUGAGCCGUUUCCCAAAGCUUACGGGGCAUAUCCGCCGGAGACACUCUUUGCUUUUUUUUCUCGGGAGAAAUAUCUAUAUUACAGCCCUAAAGUGCCAGAUCUUGGUCUUGGCGAUGAUCAAACCUGGAUACUAAAAGGACAAAAGCCAGUGCUUUGGCUCCCCCCGGAAUAUCGACCCGAACAAAUUGCGGUGUGUGAAAACUCUUUAAUUAUCAUUACUAUUUUUGAUGAGUUUCUGUAUUUCGAAUUUUGUUUUGAUGAUUUAGAUAUCUAA